AUGGACAUCGCAAAGACAGGAUGGACUCAGACCGAAGAAUACGGACGAUGGAUCAAACACCAUGCGUCUUCACAGGACCCUGCAUGGGCAUUUGACGAUGCUGUUAAGCGUCUAGAAAUGCCCCCAGCUACACAGAAGCUUGAAGCCAGCAAGCUUAAGUUUGACGACUACAUCACAGGAUUCCUCUUGAGAUCAUCUGAUUCGGCGGCAAAGAAGAUUCUGGGGAACACAACCUCGUGGGAGGAUGUCCUUGUGGAGGCUAAAGCAGUUUGCGAUAAGUACAAGACACAACGGAACAUAUUCGGCUACAAAAACCGGUUGUUUACGACCUCAGCACGUCGUAUUGAGUUUUUGAUAGAGCUCGUACCAAGCGGAGACUAUACUGGUACAAUAUGCGGCGGUCUCAAGCUGAUCUGCAGUGCGGCGAAGCGUCAUCAUGAGCUUGUCGACGUUGUGUUGAAUGCUUUGGUUACCUUGUCACAAGAGAUCGAUGCGACUAAGACCUACGUUCGGCUCUACGCGUGGUCGCCGCUCCUUCGAAGUGCAGUGGAGACACUAUACGUGGCAGUCCUUGUCGCAAUCGAAGCAAUGAUCAAGUGGCUUGAAGACCUCAUGAAGGACUUCGGCGGCUUCAGGGCAGGACUCAAAUCAAUCUUCGCGGGUGAGAACUACGGUUCCGAACUACGAGACAAAAUAACCACGAGCAUCGACGAGGCUUCGGCCCACUUUGACGAUGCAGUCAGAGAAUGCUUUCAUUUGAAAUUUGAUGGAGUUGCCGAGAAUAUACUCACACUUGGCAAUUCCGUGCACGAAGUUCAUCAAUUCCAAGGGGAUGAAUCAAACAGGAGGGCUGAGGAAGCUAAGCGACAAGAGAUAGGAUUGCAAAAGUCUUUUGAGGCAAUAAGAUCACUCGAGAAUGUCGUUCAUGGCCUAGCCAGGGACUCUAAGUGGCAAAUGGAGGAAAUCAAAGCCUUGAGGGCUGAAAUCAAUCAGCAGCGCCAGGGACAGCCUCAACAGGUCACAAACUACUAUCACCUAUCCAUCUCUCAAGUCACAGCAUCUCAAUUAUUGUCGGCACUUGGUUUCGGUUUGUUGUCGAACGCUGAGACGCAGGCGGUCUCUGCCAUACAGAGAGAUUCGGAGUUUGUCAUUUUCAUGGGCAAAUCGCUGAAUCCACAAAAUCAAGGCCGCAUCACCUCCAUUACGCAGGACUUCAGAUUUCAAAAUUGGUUUAAGUCUAUGAACUCCGAAGUCUUGACCUACUUGCUCGGACACUUUCCCGCAUCAAUUGCGCUCGCCCUCUGGCAUUCUUCUGCCGUCUACACUGCGACCCAGACGGUGCUCUUCCUGGUCCCACUGGUUUGUUAA